AUGACCCAAGAUACGAUUGAGGAUAGGAUAACAACCAGGCAAGAUAAUGGACAACGAGACGGCCAACACAAAGGAUCAGACAAAGAAAGGACACCGAUAUGGAGGAUCGCAACUUGGAAUGUAAGGAGUCUACAAGGUAAAGAGGAAGAACUGGAAAGAGAAUUUGAGGAAAUGGGAUUGGAAAUAUUGGCGAUAACAGAAACAAAAAAGAAGGGUAAGGGAACAGUGGAUACGAAGAAUGGACAUUUAGUUGUGUACAGCGGAGUGAAUGAAGAAAUGAGAGCUAUGGCAGGAGUAGGAUGUAUGAUAAACAAGAAUAUAACCGAGCAUGUAAAUGGGUGGAAAGGUUGGUCAGAACGAAUAUUGACUGUAGAAAUAGAAAAUAAGGAUGAAAUGAAAACAGUGAUAAUAGUUUAUGGGCCUAACGAAGACGACAAUAAACAAACUAAGGAUAGUUUCUGGGAGGACCUAACAGUGGUUACAGAAAGAGCUAAGGGAACAAUAAUUAUUCUGGGUGACUUUAACAGCAGAGUAGGGAAAGGAGAUAGAAUGUUUGAAUCAGUAAUGGGGCCAUUUGGAGAAGAAACUAGAAAUAAUAACGGGGAGAGAAUGCUCGAUUUCUGCUUACUGAAUGAUUUAAUAAUAACCAACACCCUAUUUCAACAUAAAGAUAUACAUAAAUAUACAAGAGAGGUGAGGAGCCGAGGAGAAAAAUCAAUAAUAGAUUAUAUAUUAAUACAAAAAGAAAAAAGGUCAACUAUAAUGGAUACAAGAGUAAGAAGAGGUCCAGAAAUAGGAAGUGACCACUAUGUAGUGAUGUCCAAAUUAAAAGGACAAAUGGCCAGAUCAGUCCCUGAGAAGAAAAUAAUUAAGGAACACGAAUGCCUUAAAACGUAUAGACUUUCGGAUAGACACUGCAGAAUUAUAUAG